GCCAAUUGAAUGCUGGCAGACGAUUAUCGGUAAUUGAUUGUUGAUCGAGGUUCCCCUCGAUUCUAUUCCGGUAUAGUCGGCAGUCAGCUCGAGGCGGUCUGAGAUUACACAUCGCUUCGUCUUACAAGUUGAUUGUAUCAACUAACCAAUAUGCCUUGUUGGGUGCUGCUGUUGGCGGGCCUGGGACUGCUACUGCUCCUUCAGAAGUGGGCGUUGCUGCGCCUGGGCAGCAGCCUGCCCGGACCUUGGGCUUUUCCGCUGCUGGGCAACGCCCAAAUGGUGGGCAAGUUGCGGCCCGAGUUCAUCUUUCUGGUAUUUACAGAGCUACGCGACCGCUUUGGCGCAACCUACCGUUUGUGGCUGGGGCCGCAGCUGUGGGUGUUCCUGCACACAGCAGAGGAGACGCGCGAGGCGCUACACGAUCCCACCCUGCGCAAGGCCAAGACCUUCCUCCAGCUGGAGCCGCUCAUCGGUAACGGUCUUCUAAUAAGCCAUGGCUCCCACUGGACGCAACAGCGUCGGCUCCUCACGCCCGCCUUUCGGCCGAUCCUUCUUCGAAGCUUUGCCCCCAGUGUGGCCAAGCAUGCGGAUCGUUUGAUCCAGCGGCUCGAGGAGACCCGCGGCUCCUUCCUCGAGGUCACAGAUCCACUUUUUGCCUGUCUGCUGGACGCUAUCGUGGACACCUCCAUGGGCGAGCAGCUGGAGACGCAGUCUGUGGCGCACUCUCCCAUCAUCAAAGCCUUCCACCGCAGCAGCCAACUGCUGUUCAAGCGCAUGAUUAAUCCCCUGCUGGCCUCCGACUGGGUCUUUAAGCAAACCCGGCUGUGGCGAGAGCUGAGCGAGCAGCUUCAGGUUAUCCACACGCUGAUGGAUUCGUUGAUUGAUCGGCGCUCCGCACAGCUCCAGCAACAAGGGAAUGAGCCCCGCAAGACGCUCAACCUGCUGGACACGCUCCUUUUGGCCAAGGUCGACGGUGAGCCCUUGAGUCGAAAAGAGAUACGCGACGAGAUCAACACUUUUGUAUUUGCGGGGGUGGACACAACCACGGCGGCCAUGUCCUUUGUCCUGUAUGCGCUGGCCAUGAAUCCAGAGGCACAGGACAGAUUGCAGGAGGAGUUGCGGCAGCUGCCGCCAGGUUUGUCAACCGAUCUGGAUACUCUCAAUGAGCUUCCAUAUCUGGAUUCCCUGCUCAAGGAGGUGCUGCGUCUGUACACGAUCGUGCCCACUACCGGACGCCAGACCACACGCUCCACCGUCAUCGGGGGGCGUACGUACUGCGCUGGGGUUACUCUCUGGAUCAACAUGUACGGCCUGGCCCACGAUGCUAGCUACUUUCCCGAUCCAUACGUCUUCAAGCCGGAGCGCUGGAUGCAGGAGACGGAGCUGCAGACGGAGGUGCCCUUCAGCUACAUCCCAUUCUCGGGCGGUCCCCACGUCUGCAUCGGGCGUCGUUACGCGCUUCUUCUGAUGAAACUGCUCACGGCUCGAAUAGCGAGAGCCUUCCAGUUGGAGUUACGUCCGGGACAACCUGAGCUGACGCUGCAGGCCCAGAUGGUGCUCAAGACCCGUGAGGGCAUCCAAUUGGCAUUUACAAAACGCUAAACAGCCAACGGAGUCA